AUGACCGGUACUGUCCAGGCUUAUUGGGGACGUGCAACCUGGUACUACGAUGGAGUCGGCGCAUGCGGAGGGUGGAACACGAACACAGACUACGUCGUCGCCCUCGCCCCCUCCGAGUACUACAACAACGGCGGGCACUGCGAUAAGAUGAUUCGGGUAAACUACCAAGGACGAUCCAUCACCGUGAAGGUCGUGGACCUAUGCCCGAGUUGCGGCUCAGGUGCUAUCGAUCUGUCCUUAGCCGCUUUCCAGGCUCUCGCCCCGCUCGAGAUGGGGGUCAUAAACGUCGAAUGGGGUUUCAUUUGGAGUUGA